AUGGCUCCACUUCCAAUUCCAAACCCUCCGUCUGCAACGGCAUCUACAUCAUCGUCUCCACCAAAGACUCUAUGGAUGGGUGAUUUGGAUCCGUGGUCUGAUGAAGAGGCCAUCGUCAACCUAUGGGAAUCUUUGGGAAAACGUGUCCUUGUGAAGCUCAUCAAGGCUAAGAGAGGAACACCAGCUGCUAAUUUGAACACCGGACACGCCGGUUACUGCUUUGUUGAAUUUGAAUCGUAUGACGAUGCUAAAUCUGUAUUGGCCUUGAAUGGAUCGCAAAUACCAAAUACAAACAGAUUGUUUAGGCUUAACUGGGCUUCCGGUGCCACAUUGACCUCUCCAAUCCCUCAAUCACCGGAAUAUUCGCUCUUUGUCGGUGAUUUAUCACCAUCCACGACUGAAGCGCACCUUCUUGCACUUUUCCAGACCCACUUCAAAUCUGUCAAGACUGUGCGUGUGAUGACAGACCCAAUAACUGGUACUUCAAGAUGCUUCGGCUUUGUUCGUUUCAGCGAUGAAGAAGAACGUAGACGUGCUUUAACAGAAAUGUCUGGUGUCUGGUGUGCUGGAAGACCAUUGAGAGUGGCGUUGGCUACACCAAGGGCACAACCAGCUGCUCAUACGGUUUUGCAAAAUGGAACUGCGAUCCCAGGUUCUUUCCAAGGAGCUCAACAGUUUUCACAAUUCCCAGGACAACAACCACCGCAACAGACUAACGAUAUCAUGAUGAUGCAGUACCAACAAGUCCCUCCCCCAUCAAUGGUGUACUAUCCUCAGGAUACUUCUUCACAACAGGUGCAUAUUCAGCAACAGAAUCAAUCUCAAGCUCAACCACCAAUACCACAACAGCAGGUUGGUCCUAUGAACGCUGGAAUCCAAGCAGUUCCAUACGCUGACCCAAACAAUACAACAGUAUUCGUUGGUGGAUUGGCUGCUGGUGUCACUGAACAGACUUUGGCUGCACUUUUUCAGCCUUUUGGUAACAUCAUACAUAUUAAGAUUCCCCAAAACAAGGGCUGUGGAUUUAUCCGUUUUGAGAACCGUGAGGAUGCUGUCAAUGCCAUCAAUGCCAUGCAAGGAUUCUCCAUUGGAGGUUCACGCAUUCGUUUGAGUUGGGGAAGACAACAGAACCAACAGAGAAUGCAAAUGGCUGCAAUGGCUGCUGUAAUGCAAGGUGGGGCUCCACCACCGCAGUUAGCAAUGGCUCAGGGGGCUCAUCAGCAACAAUUGGCAUCGAACAUGAUAAAUUCUACUGGCAGCAACUUCGCCACCACCAACAACUAG